AUGGGCAAUGUUUCAGGAAUUUGCUCAAAGCCAGCACCAAAGUUUAUAGAAGAGCAGGUAUCACUAUAUGAAAGUGCAGAUUUAGACAGACUCACUAUGAAGUUUGACGAAAUCACACAGAAUCCUAGCAUCGCUGACCUGGAAAAUGAGUUUGGUCCUUUCCAAUUUGAGUAUAAUUAUUAUAUUGAAAUUGAAAGAGGCUUCAAUCGAGUUGAAUGCAACUAUGAAGAUAAUAACCAAGUAAUGAGAUAUAUCAGUGAAGGUCCUUUGCUGGGGAAGGAUGAAAAAGGCACAUGGAUUUAUAUUGGUGAAUGCUUAAUAAAUUCCAAAGUAAGAGAUGGCAGAGGCUAUUUGGUGUAUAUUGAAGAGAAGUCAAAGUUUCAAGGCUACUUUAAAGAUGACAAAAUUAAUGGGAGAGGACGACUUUGUUCUCCAGAAAAAAUUCUUGAAGGAGAUUGGUACGAUGGAAGAUUAUAUGGAGAAGGAAAAGAAAAAUCAAGAGAUAAAUCAAGCUAUAAGGGAUCAUAUAAAGAUGGAUUGUAUGAUGGCCUGGGAAAAUCGGAACAUAGUGAUGGGUCUGAGUACUCUGGAGAGUUUCUCAGAGGCGAACGACAUGGAUAUGGGGAAUAUAAUUGGAAUGACGGGUCUGUUUAUCAAGGAGAUUGGAGAGAAGGGAAAUUUCAUGGGAUUGGAAAAUAUACAGAUUCCAUGGGAAAUAUAUAUGAAGGAGGAUGAAAAGAUAACAGAAUGAAUGGGUAUGGAGAAUAUGCAUGAGCUGAUGGAAGAAAGUAUAGAGGAAAUUAUGUGGAUGACAAAAAGCAUGGGUAUGGAGAAUUUUAUUGGCCAGAUGGACAAGUGUGUAGAGGAAAUUGGAUAAAUGGAAAGCAGCAUGGAAAAGGUGAGUACAGGAACAAUGGAAAUAAUAAGGUUGGCACAUGACAUCAUGGGGUCUUUGUUUCAUGGGAUUAA